GUUAAACAAAAAAAAAAAGAAAAAAAAGAAAAGAAAUGUCGGCGGAAGUGCUUCGGUGGGCGGUGCCGGCGUCACCGGAAACCGGAAAUAGAUGAAUGAAGCAAGGUCGGUGACAUCUCUGUUCAUCGAGUACAAAUUCAGUGUUAGCCUUUGCUUUAACCUAGAAAAAUAAAUGACCGAAAUGGGUAGCUAACUCUCAAACCGAUUUUUUUUCUCCAAAUUUGUCCUCCCAUAUUCCAACAAAAUGAGAAGGCCUGCCUUCUGGCUCCUUCGCCACUUUGCCUUAACCUCAGUUUCAGUCCACCAAGUCACCAGGACCUGCUGCUUUCAUCGAGGGGUCAUCCCUGCUCCCCUGCUCUCUUACAAGAGCACUAUCCCGGGUCACAGCUGUCCCCACAGGAGGACGGUUAGCAGCUCCGCUGACAGACACUACAUGCAGGAGCUGAGCGGGCCUGAGCAGAGACUGCUGAACAGACUCUAUGAUGGACUGGUCUCAGGGCAGCGGGCGUCUCUAGCAGAGUCCAUCACUUUGGUGGAGACCCAGCAUUCCAGGAAGAAGGAGCUGGCUCAGGUGCUGCUGCAGAGGGUGCUGGCGUACAGGCGGGAGCAGGAGAGUCGAAACGGAGGAAGGCCAGUGGCUUUCAGAGUAGGCCUCUCCGGUCCCCCUGGUGCUGGGAAGUCCUCCUUCAUUGAGGUAGUGGGGAAGAUGUUAACGGGGCGCGGACAUAAAGUGGCCGUGCUUGCCGUUGACCCGUCCUCGUGCACCACAGGAGGCUCCCUGCUGGGCGAUAAAACUCGAAUGACUGAGCUUUCUCGAGACAUGAAUGCUUUUAUCAGACCGUCGCCGGCCUCGGGGACGCUCGGCGGUGUCACCAGAACGACUAACGAGGCCAUUGUUCUGUGUGAGGGGGCGGGGUACGACGUGGUCCUCGUGGAGACUGUAGGUGUUGGACAGUCCGAGUUCGCAGUAGCCGACAUGGUUGACAUGUUUGUUCUCCUGAUUCCACCAGCAGGGGGCGAUGAACUGCAGGGCAUCAAGAGGGGCAUCAUUGAGAGGGCAGACCUGGUUGUGGUGACAAAGUCAGAUGGAGACCUGGUGGUGCCGGCCAGAAGAAUCCAGACGGAGUACACCAGUGCACUCAAGCUGCUGAGGAGGAGGACUAAAUCCUGGAACACUAAGGUGGUGCGCGCCUCCUCGUACACCUCUGAGGGCAUCCCAGAAGUCUGGGCCAAGAUGGAGUCCUACAGGGACGCCAUGCUGAGCAGCGGCGAGCUGCAGGACAGACGGAGGGCCCAGCAAAAGGUGUGGAUGUGGACUUUGAUUCAGGAGAACGUCCUCUGCCAUUUCCAAAAUCACCCAAAAGUCAAGGAGGCUCUCCCUGACCUGGAGGAGAAGGUCACCAAAGGAGUCGUCUCUCCUGGACUGGCUGCUGACCUUCUUCUUAGAGCCUUCUCCGCGCAGUGAUCGGAGCGCCAGAGCGCUGUGGGAUUCACGUUUUUGCUGCGGGGCCAAGUUGCAGAGAACAGAAGUGACCCGGACAAAAGAAAGCAUUUGCUUCAUGCUGUUUGACACAACAUCAACUUUCUACGGUGGCCCUGAAGUGCAAAUCACAAAUAUCAUAAUGAUGAUUAAAAAAGCAAAACGAGUAGUAAAAUAACAUUACAUUUUAGAAAUAAAAAAGAAAACAAAACUAAUGUCUAGAAAUCAAAAUAAAAAGUAAAAAAAACAAAAUAAGAAACUUGAAAAAUGUAGGUAUUAUAUUAUUGAUUAAUGUUGGUAUUUUUAUAGGAAAGGGAAAGCAAGAGGAUAUGGCCUCAUAUCUCCUGUCAGACAUUUUCAUGACAAAUGUUUUCUGGUUGCAAAGGUCAUCAUCCAAUCAAUGGUUUCCAUUGACGUCUCAUAACACCGACCCUUUCUUCUUUCUUAUUUUUUUUUAUAUUUAAUUUUAAUUUCUGGAAAUUAUUUUUGUUUUCCAAAAUGUUUUAUUACAUUAAUUACAUUUUGCUUGUGUGGAUUUUUUUUUAAUUUACAAAAAGGAAUUUUUUUAUUAUUUGUUUUGCUUUUUUGUGAUCUUAAAUGUUUUUGCAUUGAUGUGAUUUGGACUUCAGGGCCACCGUAAGUUUGAGCUUAAGAACCACAGAGCCUAGAACUGUUGUCAUGAGAAAGCCAAAAGUCAUAUCAGUAUUUUAUGAAUCAAGAAAACAUGUAAAAUCAUAAACUGUGAGCACUUUGAACAAAAUGUCAUCCUCAUCAAUUAUUACAAUUCAAAAGGAUUAAUCUUUUGAACUUUUUCUAACGGUAAAAAAGAUUUUAAAGAUAUAUUUUUAUUUAAUGGUGCUCUUUCUGCCUUGAAUGACAUCACUGUGAAUCUUGAAGUGAUUGAAGAAUAAUGUCAAAUCUGUCCAUAUAUGCUGCAUUUUCUCUGUUUGCUCUUGAAAUGAAAAAUGGAGAAUUUAGUGAUGUUAAAUCUGCCGGCAGUCAAUCCUAAGAUUUGUGAGAUCUUUAAUAUUAUUGAUCUGG